CCAUGCUUGGCACAUUCAAAGGCUGCAAGCUCAUGGCUUGCCAAGGCAGGGAGCUGAGACUGGGAGAGGAGCACUGAGCACUUUGACCUGGGGCUGGUCUCCCCCAUCAGAUAUUCAUAGCCUCUUUUCCCAGCUGCUGGCCCCAUGCAGCUAUGCAAUGGCUAGAAUGGGGCCACGGGGUGUCCCCAGCUGUAUCCCCUGCCAAGAAGCAACAUAUUCCUCCUGAUUAUAGGGGAGCAGCCCUUGAGCUGAUAGGUGCAGGUGUCACUGUCCUCCUGCCCUGUGGGUACAGGAGUUGGACUGGCACCACCCUCACUGUGGCAUUGCACACAGAAGCUGGAGCCUCUUGCAGCAUCUGGGUGCUACCUUCAAGGGCAGGUGCAAGUGCAGAGGUAAGAGCUGCCUGGAAGGGGUGGGCUCCAACUCCAGCCUUGGUACAAACUCCUGCCCCACUGCGACCCACAGCCUGGCAGGGAUAUAGGUCCAGGGACUCUGGUACUGGGGUGCCUGUCCAGCUCCAGGGACCUGGCACCCACUGCAGGGCAGCAUAAUAGCAAUGGGGUCCCCAGCUCUCUCCGUCACAGCUCUCUGUCUUGGGAGAGCAGACCAGCAGGACUUGCAGCCACAGGGUGUGGGGCAGCUGUAAAAGCUGCCCCAUGAGAAGCCCCACUGCUGCCACUCUUUCCUUUUCCCCUCCCAGCUGCAGGGGCCUCAAAUGUGAGAGCAAAUGAGAAAUCAAGGCUGGAGCACUUGGUGUGCCCUGGUUCUGCUGCUGCCCCAUGCCAGGGGGUGGGUGGGCCUCUGGCACGCCCAGCAACCCACUAACGCAAAUAGCCAGCGGCUCCUCUCCACCCCGCUCCCCUCCUGGCUCACGCAUGGGCUCCAAUUUCUCGGCGUCAGCCUCUGCCAGCACUCAGCUGUCGGUUCCCCUCUGGCCUGUCACUCCCACUCUCCACGGGGCUGGGGCAGCUGCUGCCCCCCUCCCUGCGCACCCAGCACAGAGGGCCAGGGGCUCUGCAGCCAACGGGGAGCCCCAACAUCGGCCACCCUUUGUGGUGUUUUUCAUCGCAGGACGGGAGCUCCAAACACAGCCAUGACAGAGAAGGAAGUGCCAGAGCCAUCAAGUUCACCUGCUUCAGGUGGGAAUGGGAAACCCAAGAGCCGGCUACAGAAGCUGAAGCAACUUUUCCAGCGAAAGCCCAAGGAGGAGAUGGUGCCAGAGCCACAACCCAAUGGGGAGCUGGUCAGCCCGUCAGGGGGUCCCAUCUACUACAUCUAUGAAGAGGAGGAAGAGGAGGAAGAGGAGGAGGAGCCCGAGCCCCCUCCUGAACCCCAGAAACUUGUCAAUGACAAACCCCACAAGUUCAAAGACCAUUACUUCAAAAAGCCCAAGUUCUGUGAUGUUUGUGCCCGCAUGAUUGUCCUCAACAACAAAUUUGGCCUGAGGUGCAAGAACUGCAAAACCAACAUCCACCACCACUGCCAGUCCUACGUGGAGAUGCAGCGCUGCUUCGGCAAAAUUCCCCCAGGGUUUCGCCGGGCAUACAGCUCACCCCUCUACAGUGACCAGCAAUACGCCUGUGUCAAGGACCUGCUCUCAGCCAACAGGAGCGACCCUGUGUUCGAGACCCUGCGGACAGGCGUCAUUAUGGCCAACAAGGAGCGGAAGAAAGGGCAGGAUGACAAGAAAAAUCCUUUGGCUGCUAUGAUGGACGAGGAGCCAGAGGCCACAAAGCCAGAAAAGGGCAAAACCGAGGGCGGCACCUCUGAAGGGGACAAGAAGACUGAGAAGAGCCCAACAGAUGACAAGAACAAGAAGCCACAGUCUGGGAUUCGUGGUGGCUAUCUUCAGUCUCACUAUUUUGUGGCACUUUAUCGAUUCAAAGCCCUGGAGAAGGAUGACCUGGAUUUCCCGCCAGGGGAGAAGAUCACAGUGGUCGAUGACUCCAAUGAGGAGUGGUGGCGGGGGAAGAUCGGUGAAAAAAUUGGCUACUUCCCUCCAAACUUCAUCAUUCGGGUGCGGGCAGGCGAGCGGGUGCACAAGGUGACACGCUCCUUUGUGGGCAACCGGGAGAUCGGGCAGAUCACGCUCAAGAAGGAUCAGGUACGAUAGGCCCACAUGGUCACAGCCCGUGGUCCUCUAGCCUCCACCGGCAUCUCUGCCCCAGCCUCCCUCCAGGCCCACCCCUCAUGGCUCCCCUGCUGCCCUGCUGAACCCCACAGCCACCCUCUGCCCUGGCCUGCACGACUGUCCUCACACUGCCCACCUCCCCCAGCCCCUUGAAGAGACCCGCUCUGCCCAGCCUGCCCCCUGCCAGGGACUUGCCACCUUCCCCCUGCUCUGUGAGGCCCCAGGAGUCUCACCUGCACCCCUCUCACCCCCAGAUUGUGGUACAGAAGGGCGAGGAGGUGAAUGGUUACGUGAAAGUCUACACUGGCCGCAAAGCAGGGCUCUUCCCUGUGGACUUCCUGCAGGAGAUCUGAGCGGGCCAGUGUCCCAGGGCCUCCCACCUGGGGUGACGGAUGGAUCCUGGCUGCAGGGAGCUGCUGGAGCUGGGCGGGGAUGGGGAUGGGGCAGCAGGCACCCCCAUCCCUUUUGCCUGCAGCAAUGGUAUUUCCAGUAGGGACUAUCUCAGCCAGCAGGUACAGGGCAGGCUGGGGCUGUGGGAGGCCCUUCUUGCACUGUUUCCCCCACGGGGUUUUUGGUGCCUUCAGAGAGGCGCAAGGAGGGAGCACUCCCUGCCUGAGGUGGAGGGUGCUGGGUACCUUGGGGGUGUCAGUGCGGUCCUGUCCCACUACUCUGGGCUGUGUAAUCCUGUGUUUUGGCAAUACUCAUCUGCUCCCCAACCCAUUGUCUGCCUGGUUUGGAUUUCCUUAGGGGUGAGGGGAAGGGUCACUAUGGGGCUGCCGGUGGCCCCAGCUGCCACGGAGCUGGCUGGUGCUUCCCUGCUCUGUGUGACACCCUGUGCAGCA